AAAACAAAACUGGGUAAGAAAGACAAAAAUGAUACUACGGAUGAUAGCCUACUCCACAUAUGCAAAGCUAAUAUGAGAGUUAAAGCUUGUGACUUAAAUUUGAUAUUUCGCGUUUUACAUUUUAACUCCUUCUGCACAUGUACUCGGUCUCCCCUAGUGGAGGUAAUUUAUCUUAAAAUUUAGCCAGUUCUGUCAACAAGUAAAUCACGAACUUAAUUGUGUGAUCACCCACGAUACUGUGGUGUAAUGGAGUUUUAACAGAAUUUCGAGGUGGGCUAGUGCAUAUGAUCCUGAAAGAUGGUGGAUUUUAAAAACAUUUUGUUGGGUGAAAUUUCAAACGUUCUGCCAACUUUUCCCUGUGGUCCAGUCUCGCGACAGACGCUUGCUAGGGUCGCCGCCAUAUUAUUUCACGGUUACUAGCUUGCUAACUGUUUCAUUGCUUAUCUUAUCUUAAACUUGAAAUUAAAAUAGUUGUGACUGGUAAAAUUGGAAGAUCUGUCAGUUUCUGAAAUAGCGGGGAGAGAUGGGGGCUAUGAUGUAGCACGCGUAACCCACUCCUCUACCAAACCACAGAAGCACACCGUGGACGGUGCUGUUCAUUCCCCUUAUGCGAAGUUUCUUCUCGUUUUCCCGUCACAUCCCCGGCCCAUCCCCGACCCUGUGGAGAUGAAGUUACGGUGUAUUGAGUGUUGAAGGUGGCCCGUGGAGAGGCAGGUCAAACGUCAGGAGCCUCAGUAGCUGGCAGAAGAACCAUACCAGCCACAACAGCCUGGCACCUCCUCCUCAUGAUGGUCACCAGCCUGGUCACGCGUUGCUCUGGGAUGGCAUUCCAUUCCUCAAACAGGAUUCGUUGCCAGCCAACGUGGUUGCGUUGGUCACGCUAGCAGGAGAGUUUCAGGCUGUGAGGAUAGCCAUGCCCUCACUGAGGGUACAGUCAGGGUGGAGCAAUUGCAUCUGAGCCCAGGGCAGACACAUGGCCCACGGUGGCCAACAGGGCGAUAUUCAGGUUUUGCAGGACCUGCAACGGAAAUCACUGGAAGUGCCAAAGGGUGUUGUGCAGUGCUUACUGCAGAACAACAGUUCUGAUGCCUGUUCAAAGUGCCUGUCCCAGACUAGUUCUGACUUCCUCCGUGGCGAAGCAAGCCUCAACCUCUCAGACAAGUCCGGCCUCUCAAAAUUGCAAAACCACAUGUCUCGGCUGCACCUGGGCCUCCGGACUCAGAAUGUGUAUGUGCCCCCAUUGCGGGACGGCCCAAGGAUAAAUGGCAGUAAGACCCUGUCCCACAGCUUGAGUGAUUGUGCCAUCCAGACUAAACAGCUAAACAGUAAGCUCCUCCAGCAGCAGUCCUCCCAGCCACCCCCCCUGCAGAUGCCCACAGACCUCAGCGUUUUCGAGUUGAUGGAUGCUACGCCAAGCACGCAGCCAUCUGGGCUGGACCAGCUUGGUGGGAAAGGACACCUGGUGGGCCCCCAUCAAGCACCCCGAUUCAGUCCCAUUACAGUCACCCUGGCCCCCAAUGUUCAGACCAGUCGCAAAAUGCCCACCUCUUUACGGAUACAUGGUGGGCCCCAGCCUAGUAAGAAUAGUCCAAGUAAUUCCAUUUACAUCAGGCCUUAUGUCAGUCAGUCUGGAAUGGGUCAGCCCUUAUUGCAGCAGGCCAGCAGGUCCAAGUGCAGCUGGGUUUCCCAACAGGAAGAGCAGCAGCGGGUGUCUUACCCUUUCACCUCCUCCUGCUCCUGGAUGCUGUCCUCAGCCCACAGCACCUCACAUACCUUGCUGCCUCAGUCACAGGGUCACCAGAUGCUGCACGUCUACAUGCCAGUAAGCUCACCCAUCAACCUUCAGACGCCAUCCCUCCUCCAGGGUCCUCCCGUAGCCCAGCCAGCCUCAAGUGCCUCCUCCACCUCUUCUUCCUCCUCCUCCUCUUCUUCCCAACAGUGCAAUGUCCAGAACAUUUUCACCGGGCCACGGAAAAACCAAAUCGAAAUAAAACUCGAGCAGCCCCAGCGGAAUAACUCUGCUGCUGCCAUACUGUGGUCAGGUAGUAGCCCGUCUUGCACUGUCUCCUCCUGCCCCUCUACUGCUUCCAUUAUUGGGACCACAACCUCUUUUCAUUGCAUUACCUCUACUCCCCUAUCUGCUGGUGGCCCAGGCCUAAGCCACAGUCAGCCAAUGGUUUACAUUUCUGCCAGCACAACCGCUGCCACCCCCAAUGAGGCAGUCGUCACAACCGCCUCCGGCUCCCAGCCCCCCUUCUACAUUUCCACCAAUACCUCGGGGGGCGAGGCCAGUAGAUGCCGGAACUCACCAACUGUCUACAUCUCAGCCAAUCCUCCUCUGCAUGGGAGCCCAUUAGGCUUCCGAAAUAUUCCGGCGCCGGUCAGCAUGGGCCCAGCCUACAUCCACCACCACCGGCCCAGCUCCCGGGCCUCUGCGGGCAUAGGAGGGGGCACUGUUCCCUCUCCCCAUUUUGUGGUCAGCCAUCCCAACACCAAGUACACUUUCAAAAUCACUGUGUCCCCAAACAAGCCUCCGGCUGCGCUUCCUGGGGUGGCCCCCCUCGCCCUUGAACAUGCCAAUCUUUACAGCUUGCCCUCAAACCUCUGUGUUGAGCCAGAGCCACAUCAUCUCUCAGAUCCACUGUCCACAUGCAGGGAGAAACCCAAUGAGGUACGACGACUUAGUGUGGGCUCUGAUGACCUGGCCUACAGUCAAGCUCUGUGUCUGCACCAGAAGGCCCGUAUGGAAAGACUGGUGCGGAAGCUGGAGGUACAGAGGCACGAGGUGGAGAAGCUGAAGGAGGAGGUCUAUGAUUUGGAGAGCAACCUUGUGCAGAGACGGCUCCAGAGAUCCAGUUCCACCUCCAACACCCCCUUCAUGGAGGAGAUGCAGCAGUUGCGUUGCAGAAACAGAAUGCUCCAGAUCGACAUUGACUGCCUAACCAAAGCAACUGACCUCCUUCAGACUAAAGAGUUGACAUUUAAAAGCCCAAAGACUAUAAAAGGCAUUGAGGAAGAUGAGGGGACAGAAUGGAGCUGUACAGCCUGCACUUUCCUUAAUCACCCUGCCCUCCUCCACUGUGAACAGUGCGAGUUUCCUCAGCAUUUCUGAGCCCCAUGGUAGUGGGGUGCAGAAAAAGACGUUCCUUGGAUUUACAAACAUGAACCAUGCUUGGAGGAGGCGUUUUUCUCAUUUUCUCCACCAAGAAGAAGACAUGAGUGGGGCUUUGACUGAAAUCCCCUUCUUCUCAAAGGUUUUAUGGUCGCCGUCUUUAGGUUCAGUGCAUUUUUGAUCUGUGUUACUGAAUAAUGGUGGACUUGUACAUGCCCUAGCCUGGGGGAGGUGUGCUCAUGUAAGAUCUUGCACUAACGCAUGCAUAACAUCUUAGCUCAUUGGUUUUGCUCACAGCUGUCUGACGUUCAUCGGAAAGAAGUGUUUCUCAAUGUGAUGGGUAUCUUUUAGCAUUAGCAUUUAUCAUUAACACUAAUACAUAUUGUACAUAAUUGCAAUUAUUGCCUUAUCGUCAAACUCCACAUAAAUAUUCAAGACAGCAGUACUCGGUCUAAUAGGUAAAACUCGCACACAAUUGCAGGGCUUCAGUUAUUUUGGGAACAAGAAAUACAUUCCACUAUAGUCACUGUCCCAAGUGACUGAAUCCUUCUUCAUUCUUACUGUACAUUUGCCCAUCUUGGUUUGAUUUCACUCUCUCAAACUUGGAAACCCUCUAAUUUGUUGCAGUAAAUGCUCAUCAGUUAUCACAGACCAAUUGGCAGACCCAUCCUGAGAGCUACUGCAUUUGUCAUUGGAGAAUCACACUGUGUGGAAAUCAAUAGUGAGCAAAGGGAACAGACAAACUGAGCCAUGUUGCACUGAACAUAAUCCAAUCACUAAGUAGAACAUUCCACAAUUGUAAUGGAUUUGUUGAAGGCCUUUAAUGAGUGCUGUAAAUACUGGUGCUUGAGCUGGCCUGUCUUGUUUAAGAACUGAAUGAGGGAUAACUAGGAUGCAUGGUAUUAAAGGAAAAAUUCACAAUUUAAUCUUUGUUAUUAUAUGUUUAUUGUAGUAGUAAUUCAACCUGUAUAUCUUCGUUAGUAUUCCCAUUUGUUAAAAGGUGAUUUUCUAAAAUUCACACAUGGAGAAACUGGUCUUCCUAUUUGGCAUUGAAAUACAAUUCCCAUCUACUAUUUCACUGAACUAUGGGAGCUUGAGGCACAGAAACAUGGAAAUGGCUACAUGCACUCCCUUUCAAGAUAAAGUUUAAAAGAUGGGAAAAUCACGUUGACACACCAAAAUUCUUGAAAGACGGUGGAUAAGUGCAUGCGUGUGUAUAGACGAGCAUUUUUAAUUUGUAAAGAUAAUGACAAAUAGCUGAGACCACUAGUGGUGGUCUAAAUAUACAUUUUUGUAUUAAAGGGGAGUAGAAUUAUUCCAACCUAUGUCAGAAAGAGUAAUCUGUUUGAAUCGAAGGAGGGCUGUCUUGUCAAGCAGAGUGUUUUAUGCAACAUGCCCUGGAAGUUUGCAUCAUCUAGGCUAUUUGUGAUUCCGUGAUUUAGCAUGAGCACUUUGCUAGCCUCCAGCCCCACAGAAAUGAUAAAAUGAUCUUUAUUCUGCCAAAAGAGUUGAAAUUACCUCACGAUGAAGAGUGGAACAUGUCAUGGUUCUCCUGCUUCCUUUGGUUGAUUUGUCUACUCUACAGUGUUUUCACUUCGCCCAUUUUGUUUUGUCCAUGUCCCCUUAGCAGAGCUAUACCCUGAUAUUCUCCACAGAGUUAACAUAGCAAUUAUGCCUUAGCCACCCAAACCUGUUGCACUAUUUCUGAAGGGAAAGCCAAUCAGCUCUUGGGAAUAUGGCUCUGAGAGCUUCUGGUUGGUUGGUGUAUGCAGGGUUAUGGGAAGAGUUUAUACUGUUACAGGAACCAAAGCAUAUGAGCCUCCCCUAAUAAAUAAAAAAAUGUAUUUCUAUAAUCUGGAAAAACAAUUACAUUUAUAUUGCAUGCAUUUUUUUAAGUAUGUAGGUUUUGUACAUUUGUUAUGUAUUUUUUACUUCUGUGUGUAUGUAAAUGUAAACAUCUUUAAUAUCUUGGCAUAAUGUAAAACAAGUUUUCCUUUGAAUAAGCACAACAUAAAUGUUAAGCUUUUGAUGUCUGCAAAAGGCUUAAGUGUUGAAUUCUGAUAUGAAACUAUGCACAACUGAAGUAUUAGCUGUUGAAAGCAGCCUGCUUAAUGCAGGAUUAUCAUUUCCUGGGGAGGCAGGUUUGUAUGUUGACUUUUGCUCAAAGCUCUGCAUUCUUUCAAUUAUCUCAGUAAAUUUGCAGAUUGUAUUUUUAUUUAUUUUUCAGUUUUUGAUACAUCAUAUUGUGAGUUUGCACAUGUGACAUAUUCCAGAAAUAUUGUACUAUUCCUUAUUUUGGGAAUUGUGAAGGUGUGAAUGUGUAUGCAUAAUUAAAUAAUUUGACCAAUUAAGUCAGAAAAAUCCAUUUUAUCAACUGUUUGCAAAGGUGAGCCUAAAGGUCAUCACAAAACUUGGUACACCCUAGUUUAAUUUUUCCAUUGAAUGCUAAUUUACCAUCAUUGAAUCAGCAGAUUUCUGAAUCGGUAUACCC